AUGUUUCGGCGUCUACUCGCUUGGCUCUCAUCAAAGAAUUCAAUUGGCAAUCAAGAGUCGUCAGUGGAAGCUUCGAGUAGCAAUGGUCGAUUGAAUGAGAGAAGCGAGAAAGAUGAACGCAUUAUGAUGAGUGCUGAAGAAUAUCACAAAGCGAUCCCAUCUUCGCAUGAAUAUCUUCUUGAUUAUAAGAGGAUAAAGAGACCUCUAGGUGCUCGAUUUGCUGAUGGUACAAUAAAUUGGCAGUGCGAUUGUAUGGGUGGCGGGUCGAUGGUAGCGCAUCGUUGUGGUCAUUAUUUUCGUAUCAUGUACAAAUGUAUGUCUGGUCUGAACGAUAGCGAGGAUGUGACUGAGAAAUGCGCAGAACCCUUCAUCGAUUGGACGUGCUGUAUGCAGCAAAUAUUUCUGAAUACCAAAUUUGCUAAGAUGGGAAAUAUGUUGGAGAAAGAAUCUUCACGUGUUGAGUGCGAUGGAAAAGUUGUUGUCACCAAAAACAGCCACAAGAUCAGUAAUAAAGAUGUUUUAUUACGAAUGAGCGGAGAUGAAUACUGGCAACCGUUGAAAGACAAGCAGAUCGCUGAAUAUCUCGAUGAAAAUAGUGAAUCUGAUAAAGAUGAGGGUGGUGUAUUACCAAACGGUGAUAUCAAUUUGAAAUGUGUUUGCCUUCAAAGUGCUUUAGCGCAUCGUUGUGGACAUUUGCUACGUGAUGCUAUUCUGUGUUUCAAUAACUCGCAAACGUCACCUCGAGGUAUCGACUGUGAUCAAAUAUUCAUUCGACAAAUUGAAUGUCAAGAUUCAUUUGAACGUAUCGCGUAA